UUGGUGUGGAUUGACUGUGAAACAACGGGUCUUACAGAUACUGAUAAGCUACUCGAGAUUGCGGUUAUCAUCACAGAUGAUAAUUUGAAUAUUGUUGCUGAGGGACCAAACUUAAUCAUUAAUCAACCAAAAGAGAUAAUGAGUAGGAUGGAUAAAUGGUGCACCGAACAGCAUGAGAAAUCUGGAUUGACAGCAGCUGUUCUUACUUCUGAGAUAUCUACAGAAGAAGCGUGCAAUCAAGUUCUUCAGUUCAUAAAGCAACAUAUUCCGCAACCUCGGCGCGGUAUCCUCGCGGGUAGCAGCGUCCACUUUGAUAAGAAAUUUCUGGAACGCGAAAUGACACCUGUUGUGAAUCAUUUACAUUACCGAAUUAUAGAUGUCUCGACUAUCAAAGAGUUAAGCAAAAGGUGGUUCCCAGGUGAGUAUAAGAAACUCCCAGAAAAAGUAGGAACACAUCGUGCGUUAAAAGACAUUAAGGAUUCUAUCAGGGAACUCCAGUUCUAUCGUGAUACAGUCUUCAAGCGGACAUAG